UACACAGUGUUUGCUUGCUGACAAGUAUUUGGGAGCAUCUGGUAGUGGGGAGAAGGGUGUUGAACAAAAGAGACUGUUUUGCCAGCUCCAGAGAAGUGGUGCCUUUCAAGAUGCUGCAUUGCUUUACAGCUGUGACUUCACUUGAAUAGAGCAUAAGUGUGCUUGUUCAUCAGACAGGAAGGGAAGUGUUAGAGAUUUUAAUUAAUGUCUCUGAAGUGAAGAAGAGAAAAAAAGAAGGACCUGUGAUAAUUGCCUAUGAUAAUUCAUUUCUUGAGAAACCGUAUUAUUGAGUGGAAAUUUCAAGGUAUUUAAUCUUGGAGAAAUGGCUUUCGCUCAUUUGGAUGUGAGACGCUUCUGUGCCCUGCUUAUUUGCACAAUGUUUGUUUCUGUGCCUUCAAAUGCUGAGAUAAAAGUUAAUCCUCCUGAGGAUUUUGAGAUAGUGGACCCUGGAUAUUUAGGUUAUCUGUCUUUGCAAUGGCAACCUCCACUGUUUCUGGAUAAUUUUAAAGACUGCCCAAUAGAAUAUGAAUUAAAAUACCGAAACAUUGGUAGCAAAUAUUGGAAGACCAUCAUUACCAAGAAUCUACAUUACAAAGAUGGGUUUGAUCUUAACAAAGGUGUUGAAGCAAAGAUACACACACUUGUGCCAGCACAAUGCACAAAUGGAUUGGAAGUUCGAAGUUCAUGGUCAGAAGCUACUUAUUGGACAUCACCAAGAGGAAACGAGGAUACCAAAGUUCGGGAAAUGGACUGUGUAUAUUACAACUGGCAACAUUUACUCUGUUCUUGGAAACCUGGUGUGAGUGCCCAUUUGGUUACCAAUUACCAAUUAUUUUACUGGUUUGAGGGCUUGAAGCACGCAAUACAGUGCCCCGAUUACAUCAAGGCUAAUGGAAAAAAUACAGGUUGCAGGUUUCCCCAUUUGGAGUCAUCAGACUAUAAAGAUUUCUAUAUCUGUGUUAAUGGAUCAUCAGAAUCUCAUCCUAUCCAACCCAGCUAUUUUAUUUUUCAGCUUCAAAAUAUAGUUAAACCUUUGCCACCAGAGUACCUUAGUCUUACUGUGGAGAAUUCAGAGGAAGUUAACCUGAGAUGGAGCAUGCCUAAAGGACCCAUUCCAGCCAAAUGUUUUAUUUAUGAAAUUGAAUUCACCGAAGAUGACACUACCUGGGUGGUACGAACAUUGCAUUUGUUUGGAAAAAACACUACCACAGUUGAAAAUGAGAUACAAAUCACCAGAACAUCAAAUGAAAGUAAAAAAUUGUGCUUUUUGGUAAGAAGUAAAAUAAAUAUGUAUUGCUCAGAUGAUGGACUCUGGAGUGAGUGGAGUGAUGAACAAUGCUGGAAAGGUGACAAAUGGAAGGAAACCGUAGUAUUUUUCUUGAUACCAUUUGCUUUUAUCUCACUGUUUGUUUUGGUAAUAACUUGUCUGCUUUUGUAUAAUCAAAGGGCUUUACUGAAAACGAUCUUUUAUGCAAAAAAAGAAGUCUUUUCUCAUCAGGAGACAUUUUUUUGACUCAUUAACUUUCAGUCUUAUGACCAAAUGUUAAAUAUGAGUCUUAUUAAACUGAAG